CGUCAACUGUAUAGGGCGAGAUGUGUAUUAAAAUUAGUGUGAAAAAUAGUAUCAUUAUGUUAAAAUUUUAUAUUUUUCACAUUAAAUUUUAAAAUGGCUUAUAAUUGUCCUAAUGUCUACUUAUUUCCCUAAGUCGUUGAAAAAUAAAGCCAAGAGCACAUUUUUGUUAUCCAGAACUUCAGUUUUUCCACCUAGUAGAAGACCUGAAAGAUGGCUUUACGACUCUCUCAAAACGCACCCGAGUUUGAACAGGGGCUACCCUGUUUUUGAUACCAUAUUUGACACACUUAACCAGAAGGCAAGUGGUUUAAGGCGUUAUAGGCCUAAGGAGGAGAAGAUUCCAGUUAAAAAGGACUAUGACUUGACUGAUCAACAUGAGAUGAACCACAGGUUCAGAUUUGAGCUCAAUGGCGUUUUCAACGAAAAGAAGUUUGAAACUGAGUUGCAGUCUUACUGUAAUCAAUUGUUUCUAGUUGGUUGGAUCAAGUGCAGGAAAAACUUUGCAAUUGGUCACCUUCAGGGUAAUGUUAUCGCAACUACUCAGAUGAAGCGCUGGAUGGAUAUUAAUGGCUCUGACAACGCUAAAUUUAACCGUGUUUUCUUCCACGAUGAGAAUUACGCUAUUCCAAAACUUGAUUACAGUCACCUGACUGUUGUUAAGGACUAUAGGAAACCCUUAAAAAAGAUGCAGCACGAGCGUAAUCUUGCGCUCAAGAAACUCUCAAUUCUCUCAUCCUUAUAAUAUUCUCUAAUGUGUGUACUAUCCUUAA